GCAGGGCGGGGGUGUUGUUAUGAAUCUCUAUCUUCAGUCCAAGCAUUAUUGAAGCCAACAAAAUAAAAGUCGAAAUGACGAUGCGGGUCAUUCCAAGCUAAGUCAGAAUAAGUCUAGUGGGCAGUCCCCCGGUCCCCAACCUUAAUGCUGACAUCAAGACAAAGACACUUGCAAGAAACUACGGAAGUACAGAACAUCUUGAAAUAACAGGAGUGAUGUGCAAUAAUGAGAUAUAAUGAGAUAUCAUCUUGGGAUGAACUCGCAUUGUUUUACGCCGCUUCAUCGCCCUUCAUGCUCACAGCUUUCUACCCCGGAGCUGAACGAAACUUGGAAAUCCUUUAGGAUCAUAGGAGAGAUCUUCUCCUUUAUAUAUACUGAUACUGGAACUAGGUCAUUCCCUCAGGGCUUCUCUAUGUCUGGUCUAGGGGGCAAUGUUUAUAUUUCUCAGCAAAAUGGCACCACACUUCCAACGGUCCACGGGUGACUCCUCAUAUCUCCCCAACAAUGCCUAGCCCUACCAAGGUAUAUAGCCAAACUAUGAGCAGUGGAAUUGCAGCUAACUAUAAACAUAAACCUAAGAUGUCGCCUCCUUCGAGACUGUCAUUGUUUGCUUUCUCUGGUUGACAUGAGUCCACGUGAGCUGCCAACUCCAACCCCCCUUCGCUGAUGACAUCACCAUCCCCUGCUCCUCAAAACCCGGAUAUCAGAGAGAAAGGAUAUCUCUUUCCUACACUACAUUUAUAUUGACAUUGAAUAGGCCCAGCCCAUUCUACUAUACCUCUUGUACACAAUAAACUUGGAGUCUUCUGCCUCGAACAUAAAUCCGGCCCGCACCGAAAUAUCGUCGUUUUUUGGACACGCCCCCUUACACCCACUUCUUCAUCACGAACCGCAAGAAAAAGGCAGAGAACAGAAUAAUAGAUAACAAUGGCGGGAAACUCCAAGGUCGGCAACCCCGGACUUUACGAGGCAGGAGACCAGAGACAUUCUCCUCGUUCCGAAGCCAUCGAAGCCAAGCGAAACAGAGACCAUCCUCCUCCGUCUAGCCGUAGAGGUAGCCGCCAUUCAAAAGAACAGCUCCUGGCGAAAAACGGCUCGAUGCCCACGGAUGAAGAGCUCGCGAAGCAUGACCCUACUGCUCCAGCGAAGAUGCACGGCCAUAAACCGUCUCGCGGUGCAGUGAUCGAUGCACAGCUUCGUGCCGAGGAUGAGGAGCGCAUGCGUCAAAAAGGCUACAAGUAAAGUGUCGCGGAGACGUGCUUUACUUGAGGGGGUGAGGUUCUUCUUGGAAUCACCCGGCUGCAUUAGGAGGGAAACGGAAAACGAGCUAGCGGAGUGUGGGUAGUGGGAUAUAGUUUCUGUUAUGCGUUGGAAUUUGCCUGUUCCUGUUUCUGGUUUGAUCAUGCAAGAGAGAUUAGGAACCCGAGAGGAUGGGAGUAUGGUUGGUGCCAAAUUGCGGUUUGGUCUCUGGGGUUUUACCACAGCAUUUUAUGUAAAUUACUAGGUUGAACAUGGCUGCCAAAUGGGAGACAGCCUGCCAAAUCCUCGCCUUACGAGGACCCAGUUGAACGGGGUCGUCAGGCGUACGAAAUCAUGAUCGAGUGUUCUUGCUCUUAUCUAAAAUGCACAGUUAAUACAUCCUCAUUAACCUCAGCACUGGCUCAGAGGAGAGAGCUGGGAUUAAUACAGGUUACGCACUCAUUACUGCCCACAGAAACAGAUCAGCACUGUUAGUAAAAAUGUAAAACAUGAUCAUACAAUGCAAAUGCCUAACAGACCCUGAUCGGAGAUUUCAGUUCAAUGUAAAUAAAUCAAAGUUUUGAUGAGUAGGAUGACAUCGGCUCUCUCCAUACCUGGGUUCGGGCUAGUUAAGGCUCCGGCCGGCUUGGGCCGACCCGACCCAAUAUUCGCC